CUCGGCCGAGCGCGCAGCAAACAUCCAUAGAAGGCCUGCGGGGAGCCGCUCGCUCGCCGCCCCCACCCCGCUUUCUUCGCCGCCGCCGAGAAGCUGCCCCCGCGCCGUGUCCUCAUCGCCCCCGAAACCUACAGGGGAGAAAGUUUGCGCCAGUGCACGGGGCAGGUGAGGAGGGGCGUGCCGGCCCCCGCCGACCCCUGGCUCGCCAUGGGCGCCGCGGCCCGCAGCCUGCGGCUGGCGCUCGGCCUGCUGCUCCUGGGGACCCUGCCGCGCGGUGCCGACGCCUGCAGCUGCUCCCCGGUGCACCCGCAACAGGCGUUUUGCAAUGCGGACGUAGUGAUCAGGGCCAAAGCAGUCAGUGAGAAGGAGGUGGACUCCGGGAACGACAUCUAUGGCAACCCCAUCAAGAGGAUUCAGUACGAGAUUAAGCAGAUAAAGAUGUUCAAAGGACCUGAGAAAGACAUAGAGUUUAUCUACACAGCCCCAUCCUCUGCAGUGUGCGGGGUCUCGCUGGAUGUCGGUGGGAAGAAGGAGUAUCUCAUUGCAGGAAAGGCCGAGGGGGAUGGCAAGAUGCAUAUCACCCUCUGUGACUUCAUUGUGCCCUGGGACACCCUGAGCACCACCCAGAAGAAGAGCCUGAACCACAGGUACCAGAUGGGCUGUGAAUGCAAGAUCACACGCUGCCCCAUGAUCCCAUGCUACAUCUCCUCCCCGGACGAGUGCCUCUGGAUGGACUGGGUCACAGAGAAAAGCAUCAAUGGGCACCAGGCCAAGUUCUUCGCCUGCAUCAAGAGAAGCGACGGCUCCUGCGCAUGGUACCGUGGGGCGGCACCCCCCAAGCAGGAGUUUCUUGACAUCGAGGACCCGUAAGAGGCCGACAGCACCCCUGUGGCCAAUUGAGAAGCCUCCAAGGGUUUAGACUGGUCCAGCUCUGACAUCCCUUCCUGGAAACAGCAUGAAUAAAACAGUCAUCCAAAUGGGUCACAUCAGUGUGAUUCUGCCCCUCCCCAUUGUCCUUCUAAACAUGGUUGUGGGCUGGAGGGAGCAGUGGGCCCAGAUCCCCCUGUACCCCUCCCUCCACCAGCCUGGGCACUGUGUGUCUCAGUCUUCGAUCCUGGUGUGGGCAGGGGUGGGACACUCAGACUCCCUCCCAGGCCUCCUUGGCACCAUCCCAGAGGCUGGGCAGGCAGCAUUUAGGGGUCUUCUUGGCCUGGUUAGGGCAGAGCCUGUAAAUGUGCAGUUUGCAGAAACUUCUGAGGGUCAUUGUAAAACUGUGUAGCAGGCCUACCAGGUCCUUUUCAUCCUGAGAGAGGCAUGUCCCUCAUUUUCUGCAGCAGCCACCUCUCUGGCCUAGGGUGGCAGUCCCUGCUCCUUGCAAGUGCCCCUCAUCUUCCCUGGGCCCAACAAAGACUCCUAGCACCUGUGACUCCCCCAGGUCCAGAAGCAGGGGCUCAUUCUUAGAGAAGCCCCACUCAGUUUUAUAAAUCUGCAGAAUUCCACUAGGAGCCUCCCUUGGGACCCAGAGAGAUGUGUAGCAAGAGACCCCGGCUGACCAUGUUUUGACAUCAUCUAAGUCUCUUCAGCUCCCCACCCCCACAGUCCCCAGCUCCUAGUGGGGAUCUGUGUGGUUUCCUGCAGGGUAGGUGUCUGGGGUAGGGAGUUUGCUUAGCUGCCCUCGUAGUUCACUCCUAAGCUUCUCCAGUUGCUGCUGCCUCCUUCCCAUUUGGCAUCAGGGAGCUGGAUUGAGCCACAGCGCUUUGCUUUCCCCAGGCUGGCAUGCGGCUUGGCUGGCUGUGUUCCCUGUUUGCACAAACUGAGGAUGUAGAUGCUGGUUUUGCUGUGCCACACAGGCUUAGUGAAAUCUCCCUCCAAGACUGACGGUCACUGUUUUGCUGUGGAUUUCUGCAAGUGACAUUAGCUAAGUGUAUUAAGCUUCACCCAGGGAGGCGGGCAGCUUGCGUGACACUUUAAGUUCUUUCUGGGCCUCCAGGAUGCUGUGGCCUGUUUUAAGAGACAUCUCAGUUGUCUAAAGAUGAAUUCUUAGAUAAUGUGUGAACACAAGUUGCAGGUAUGCCAAGAUAUGCUUCUGUUUCUUAUGUCACAAAGAUUACCCACUUAAAGACACUUCACAAGGAACUAGAGAACUUACCUGUUCCAGAAAAACGGUUUUCUAAUGCCAUUACCAUGGGAGUUCACACAGGCAGAACUUCUCAGUACCAACACGGAGAUUCUCAUGUCUCUUUCUACCUGUGUUAUAAAGAUAAACUUCUCUGAGGACAAACACACACACACACAUACACACUAUGCAAACACAUAUAUAUAUAUGUGUGUGCACAUACAACACAACUGAAAUCUGACAGCCCAGGAGUGGCCCUUCUGCAAAACGUUUCCCAAGUCACCAUCCUCUAAGCCUGUUUUAUUCUGCAGCAAACCCAAAGCAACUGAAGACUCCUGACCCCCAAGUGGCACGCAGCCCCUAUGCCCACUGGGACCUGGUCAGCACAGAACUCGAUGACUUCCCUUUCCAGGACAGACUGGGAGACUAUCCAGGAAUCAACUCUUGCCCUAAGGGCGUUUUCAUGCUGUACAGUGAUAGAAAGUUGGUAAGAUGUCAUAAUGGACCAGUCCAUGUGAUUUCAGUAUAUACAACACCACCAGACCCCGCCCCCCCCCCGAAUCAGUAUAAUACCCUGCCCUGUUUGCUUCCUGUAUGGUGAUAUCAUAUGUAACAUUUGCUCCUGUUUCUGCUGACUUCUGAAAUGUUUUGGUUUAUUUUUGACAUCCGCUGUGAUCAUUCCUGUGCUGUGUUUUUUAUUACCCUUGGUAGGUGUUAGACUUGCACUUUUGAGACACAGUUACUGCAUCAAGGAAGCAUUUGACCCAGAGUGGAAGGCAUGACAUGGUAGCUGGCCCACGACAGUGGAUCCCUACAAAUCUUUUCUUUAGUUCCUUGACGACCUUUGCUUUUUCUGCCUCCCAUCCUUUGUUCUUGGGCUCAAAUUAUUACAAAGGAAAGAACCUCUGAGUGGUUUGAUUCUAAAAGGUGGCCUUUAUAUUUGAUCCAUGCACAAUGGUUUUCUAACCAUGCUGAGCAGCAGGAGAAAACAAAAGUCAGAUCAAAAGGAGGUGCUUGUGGCAGCCGAGAGAUGGAGCCCCUCAAAUACCUUCACAGUAAAUAAUUGCAAUAUAUAUAUAGUUUAAGAAGGAUCUCCAUUUGGCCUUGUUUAAUUUAUAUGUUAUAUCCUAAGCACUGCUCUUUUCUCCCUCUAUUCUUCUCAUCAUGCAAGCAACUCAAAAUAUUUAAAAUGAAGUUUACAUUGUAGUUGUUUUAAAAAUCUUUGCUUGAUAAGUAUUAAGAAAUAUUGGACUUUCUGCCAUAAUUUAAAGCUUUGUUGAUUUUGUCUGUUUUCGUUUGGAUCUUUUUGUUGUUGUUGUGGGGGAAGCAAUGUGUUCACGCUGGAGUAUGAAGUCUGAGACCCCCCGCCUGAGCUGGCAACACAGGAGAGUUGUUGAAAAUCAACAAGCAGACUGCGCAUGUCUCUGAUGCUUUGUAUCAUUUUUGAGUGAUUGCUCCGUCAAUGGACAAUAAACAGUAUUAUCAAACAGAA